CGGACGGGGACACAGGGGAUAGAACCGGAGGGGAUGGGGACAGAGGGGGUAGAACCGGCGGGGAUGGGAACAGAGGCAGUGGAACCGGCCGGGCUGGAACCGGCCGAGCUGGGGACGGCGGGGACGGGGACAGAGGGAAUAGAAUCGGCGGAGACUGGGACAGAGGGGAUAGAGCCAGCCGGGCAGGAACCGGUCGGGCUGGGGACGGAGGGGACAGAACCGGCGGGGAUGGGGACGGCGGGGACAGAACCGGCGGAGAUGGAGCCGGCCGGGCUGGAACCGGCGGAGAUGGAACCGGCCCGCGAGGCGGAGGAGCCCCCGGGGUGCCCGGCCCUGCCCGCUGAGGCCCCGCAGGACGGCCCGGCAGCCGCGGUGCCCCCGGGGGAAGGGGCACUGCCAGCGGCGCCCGGCCAGGAGCGGGAACGGGAGCGGGGCCGGCGCGGGGCCGGCUCCACCGGGCGGGCGGCGCGGGGCAGGGCCCGGCGGGCCUCGGGCCGCCACACCGGGGGCGAGAGCGCCCGGCGGCCCGGGGUCACGGUGGACAGCUCCAAGGCCAAGACCUCUCUGGAGGCCCUGAAAAUCAGCCUGCGGCAGCUCCGCUGGAAGGAGUUUCCGUUUGGCCGCCGCUUGCCGUGUGACAUCUAUUGGCACGGGGUGUCAUUUCAUGAUAGCAACAUCUUCUCAGGGCAAGUCAACAAGUUUCCAGGCAUGAUGGAGACAGUUCGGAAAAUCACCCUGAGUCGGGCCAUGAGAACCAUGCAGGAUCUGUUUCCUCUGGAGUACAACUUCUACCCUAGAUCCUGGAUUCUGCCAGAAGAACUGCCCCUCUUUGUGGCUGAGGUUCGUAUGAUGAAAGACAGCAAUCCAUCCUGGAAGCCCACGUUCAUUGUAAAGCCUGAUGGAGGCUGCCAGGGGGAUGGAAUCUACCUCAUCAAAGACCCAAGUGACAUCAGGCUGACAGGGAGCAUCCAGAUCCGGCCAGCUGUGGUCCAGGAAUACAUCUGCAAACCACUGCUCGUGGACAAAAUGAAAUUUGAUAUUCGUCUCUAUGUCCUGCUGAAAUCCUUAGAACCCUUGGAGAUUUAUAUAGCCAAAGAUGGACUUUCUAGGUUUUGUACAGAGCCCUAUCAAGAACCCACUCUCAAAAAUUUGCACCAGGUUUUUAUGCACUUAACCAACUACUCACUAAAUAUCCACAGUGGGAAUUUCAUCCAUUCUGACAGUGUAAACACUGGCAGCAAGAGGACUUUUUCAAGCAUUCUGUGCAGACUGUCUUCCAGAGGAGCUGAUGUCAAAAAGCUCUGGUCAGAUAUAAUUUCAUUGGUGAUUAAAACAAUUAUUGCACUGACACCAGAACUGAAAGUUUACUACCAGUCUGACAUACCAGCAGGAAAGCCUGGGCCAACUUGCUUCCAGAUUUUAGGGUUUGACAUUCUCCUGAUGAAAAACUUGAAGCCUGUGCUACUGGAAGUAAAUGCAAACCCCAGCAUGAGAAUAGAACACGAGCAAGAGCUUUCUCCUGGAGUGUUUGAAAAUGUCCCAAGCCCUGUUGAUGAAGAAGUGAAGGUUGCUGUCAUCAGAGACACUCUGCGGCUGGUGGACCCUCAGAAAAAGAAGAGGAAAGACACUCAGUGCCCGAGCGCGGAGGCGGCGAGCGAGGAGCCGCCGGAGGCUGCCCCCGGCGCCGAGGCCGCCCUGCCCUCGCUGUGCCUCAAGCAGGUGUUCCCCAAGUACGCCAAGCAGUUCAGCUACCUGCGCCUCGUGGACAGGGUGGCCGCCCUCUUCAUCCGCUUCCUGGGGGUCAGAGGCACCACCAAGCUGGGGCCAACGGGAUUCCGCACCUUCAUAAGAAACUGCAAACUGAGUAACAGCAAUUUUUCAAUGGCUGCUGUAGAUAUCCUAUAUAUUGAUAUCACAAGGAGGUGGAACAGCAUGGGCAUUGACCACAAGGAUUCAGGUAACUCAGGAAUGUGUCUGCAAGCCUUUGUGGAAGCCUUCUUCUGCCUGGCCCAGAAGAAAUACAAGUCGCGGCCGCUGCACGAGCAGGUGGCGUCGCUGGUGGAGCUGUGCGAGUGCCGCCUGGCUGCCCUGCACGGCAAGCGGCUGCUGUGGGGCUGCGGGCUGGGCCAGCGCCACGGGGCCCUGCCAGCCACGGCCACCGCGCCCAGCCCGCCCCGGCCCCGCCACCAGCAGGUGUUCGGGCUGCAGAAACCACCGCAGCUCCGGGCGCUCGUGUGCCGGGACGCAGCCGGGAGUUAAUCCCCAGCCAGGUACGUGCGCUGCUGGGGAGAGACUGGCGCUGGAAUCCCUUCAUUUCACAGUGACAACUAUUUAUUUCAGCUGCAUUUUUUAUUUAUGUUUUUGAAAAAGUCUGCUGCGACCUCAUGUUUUCAAAUAAUGACCCUGGCAAUGACUAUUUCUUCACCUCUGUGUGGGAUUUACGGUGCACAUCCCAUGAUAAACUGUGCAGUCAUCCUGAGUGCAUGGAAGAGAAGGACCAAGCCACAGGGGAUGAUAACCAGCAUCAUGGGAUUGGCUGCACUGACUGAGCACACUCGUGUCACAGGAGUUACAUUGCUUUGUAUGCACAGGACAUGUCACAGAAACCAAGGAAGGAACUGCAGUCACAAAUACCAGACUGGAAAACUGAAAUCUGGAGUUACACUUGUGGUCACACUUCAGGCCUUGACUCUCUUCUUUCCAUGGCUUGGACUGUACAUGUUGGAAUCAAUACAGAUUUGGUCAAUGUCUGUGUACUUAUUUUUUAAAGUCAGUCUUAAAGCACUGAAAUGAUAUUUUGGCUUCUACUUCUUUGUACAUGUCUUUGCCAUGACAAGUACUGUUAGUUUUUUAAAGAAGAACUAAAACUCUUUAUCCUUUUGCUUCCACAGAACCAAUAAGCUCACACUUAUUCACAGAAAAAUAUUUACUUUCUUAAGUAAAAUUUGGUGAAUCAAGUGAUGGUUUUGUCUUCAGGGAUUCAGCACUGCUUCUGCAGAAAGCUAUACAGAGGCCUAAGAGGUCACUUAAAUUCCAGUGGAACCAACACUUUCACUGACUUUAGCCUAAACUGUGUUCUAGGUUUCCUUAUGUUUUGUCUUUUACAGGUCCUUCUGGGACCUGCAGUAACACCUAGAGCAGAUCUUUUUUUGUGUCUUUGCACAUAUUCUUCCUUUUUUCCCUUAAAUAACAGUGUAACUGUAUGGAUUGUGUCAAAACUGGGCUGUGCUGCUGGAGCAGUACAGAGGGAAAUGAACCAUGACAUCCAUGGUCACACACUUCUUGUGGGGGCUAAGCACAACUUGAGACUGGCUGGAAGGACAGGAAUAACUUGGAACUUCAGGGAUGUUGAAUGAAAUUCUUUGUGGUCUGCAGUUUAUGAUGAUAAUGAAUGGCUACAUCUGACUUGAUUUUCCUCCUUAGUUCUACUCUUUAAUGUUCAUGACUUGGCUUAUGUUUUAGUGUCCUCCAUGCUAUCAGAAAUGGCAAAGCUGUAAGGUGGGCACUGAGCUUUGGGUUGGAGAACAUUCCCUGAGCUCCAUGUCAGAGUGUUCCAGUGGCUGUGUCACUGAGGGGGAGGCCACCUGUUUCAUGUCAGGGACUAAAUGCACACACAGUAUCCAGUGAGUUUUCACUUCAGGGAAUUUUUGUAGAGGUUUUUUCCUGAUUUCAGUUUUAAGCAGCAUGUGUUUUUCCCAAGUGGCAAUAGCAGCAUGGCAAUGCAAUGCAGGAGUCAGGCUGAGCCCACACAAAACUAGUCCCCAGCAUGUGUUAAUCUCAGAUGUGGGCAUCCCUUCUCCUUACCUUUUUCUGUAACACAAAUAAAAUAGUAGUAGAUGAUCUUUUUAGUUCAAUGGCCAGACUCUUUGAAAUUUUAUGUAUUGUACAUAAGAGGACAAUUGUAGACUAACUAAUGCCACUGCCCUCAGCCUUGUUGAAAUGUCAUAAAGAUUAUUGCAGUAUGAAGAUAAAAUGCAGAACUCCAAAGUCUGGCACCUGUCAGAACAAAUGAAGCUGAAAGGGUCAUUUUUUUUCACACUUUCAUUGUAAUAUAUUUGAAGACAUUCACAGGUUGAAAAAUGGUUACUUCUCCUUUUGUGACAUCUGACAUUUGUCUUGCGAUUGGCAGUGUGUUACUGGAAAAUAGCUUACAGUUCCUCUCAUCUCAUGAUUGAUGUCCUGUAAAGACAGAGUUACAGAGGAGUCGGAUUUGAAAUGCUGUGACUGCGAAUGCCUUCCUUGCACCUUUGAAGCAGUACAAUGUGUGGCCUAAAAUAUCCCGGUUUUGCAAUUGUGUAACUUACCCCGAUAUCAAUGGAAUAAAUUAACUAUUGUAUAUUGAACACUGAAAAGAUCUCUCCCUCUAUGGGAGACCUUUAUACUCUCUGGAUCUAAAAGAGGUUUUUAUAGCUUGUGCAUCCACAGGCUGAUGCUGCACGCCCUAUUCAUCUCCCACUUCAAAUAUGAAGGGUCCCUUGUAGAAUAGUCAAAAUAUUCAAUUAUCUGCCUCUAGUAAUCCAGUGUUCAUGUAUUUAUAUAAUUGGAAAAUUGAAUGCCAUAUUAUUCUCGGGGUGGGGGGGUGGUGGGGAGGGAAUAAACCAGGAAUGUACUUUAGAGAUUUAACAGCAGUCACAUUUCUCUUCCCUCCUGUCUAAUUCAAUUUCCUCUGCAUAUUAUUUAGCAUCCAAUUUCAUAGAGCCUUUAAGUUAGUAGUCUGUGCCCAUGCAAAUGACCAGAGACACUUUAUCCAGGAUAUGAAUGCUAAUGCACUGAUAAUCUGUUAAUCCUGAGGUACCUCUCUAGAUAAAGAAACAAUACAGGAAAGGCAUUGGAUUUUUAACAGCACUUUUGUAUAUAUUCUCUUCAGAGAAUACCACAGCACUGCACUCAUGAUUCUAUUUAUGACAUGUAUGAUAUGAAUAUUGUAUACCAGUGCAAUCUUUCUUGUUAUCAGACACACCGGAUCUGGUAUUCCUGUCUGGGUAGAAAUCAGAAUAAAACAACAUCUAAGGAAAAUCUGA